AUGUUUCGCAUAGAGACACUCACCACACUGGAUCUUCAAAAUAACUAUAUCGGAGAUGAUAGAGUACAACGUUUGGGUGAUGCUUUACGAUACAAUACGACACUCACUUUACUAGAUCUUCGGUAUAACCAACUCGGAGCUGUUGGAGCACAAUACUUAGGUGAUGUAUUACAACACAAUAGGACUCUUACUACACUAAAUCUUGCAGUUAAUCGAAUCGGACAUGUAGGAACACAAUAUUUGGCUGAUGGAUUACGAUACAACAACACACUUAUUACACUAAAUCUUCGAUAUAAUCAAAUCAGAAAUGUUGGCGCACAACAUUUGAAUAAUGCAUUACGAUGCAACAGGACACUCACCACAAUACAUCUUCAAUAUAAUCAACUUGGAAAUAUUGGCGCACAAUAUUUGAGUAAUAGUUUACGAGACAACACGACACUCACUACUCUACAUCUCGAAGCUAAUCAAAUCGGAGAAGUUGGAGCACAACAUUUGGCCAAUGGAUUACGACAUAAUACAACACUCAUGACACUAAAUCUCAGAUGGAACCAAAUCGGAGAUAUUGGAGCACACUAUUUGUGUGAUGCAUUACAACAUAACACGACACUUACUACACUAGAUCUCCGACAUAAUGAUAUCGGAGAUAUUGGAGCACAACAUUUAGGUGAUGUAUUACAACACAACACAAUAAAAAUAUUCUUUUUAGACGAUGGAACAGAAAUGACUGGUGAACUUCUACCAUUAUCUUCACCAGUUGAUUACAUCAAUCCAUCAGUACUAUCAACAAUACAAUCUUAUGAUUUUGAUCGUUUUGAACAAUUAAUUGGCUAUCGUUUUCAUCAACGUGGUGAUAUUUUUUUUGAUUCAAAUAAAUCGUUUAAUACUGUAUGGAAAAUUUAUUAUCCAAUGUUCAAACCUUUUAUUGAAAAACCCAAACGUUUGCUUGAUGAACGAAUACAUGUUACAGUUCAAAUGAUUGAUAAAGGACGCUUUAAAGGUGUUGAUAGAAAUUAUCGUAUAGCAAAAACUGCAGCAGUUAAAUGUGCUUUAAAAAAUUUAGGUCGUCUAGAUUAA